UGCUCGUUUUUAAAAAUAAUAAUUAGAUGAUUCUAAAGUACUGAAAUUGAUCAGUGUUUCAUUAUGUAUAGUUUUUAAGGUUGUUGUAUUUACAUAGGACGCUGUAGUGCUGUGUUCUCUGCGCAAUGCAAACGCAAUGCACGUCUUUGUGUAACUACGUACCCUCACGGUGACUUAACUAGCAAACAGCUAGGACACAGGCAAACAAACCUGCAACGACGAAAUACGAUUUCAAGCUAUGCAUUUGACGCCAGUUAUACCAUUGGAUUAACGCGACCGAUAUCAACAUGGCUGCUUUGCUUUUGCAGCGCCGUGCGGGCUUGUGUAAAAAACACAGUGCUACCUUACUGAGGACCCUGUCCUUACGGAAUACUAUACAACAACCAUCCGUGAACACUGGUGGUGAUGCCAGCCCUCUGCUAUUCAAAUGCUACAGCUACACAAAGCAACUGCACCCAGGGUUACAAAGGUUAAUUUCGGUUCAGACUAGACCCCAACCUAUACCCCUCCAGAAAACAACCUACAUACCGCUGACUCCAAGGUUAUGGGAGAUAAACAGAAUUCUGCUCAAGAAACACCUGUUGACCUAUCCAGUGUGUGCAAUGAAUCUCUUCGACACACACUUCUUUAGCACAUCCCAGUCCAAGAAGGAGAAAAGUAAAAGUGAUGGGCCGAAGGGGAAAACGCCUGAAGAAGAUGAUGAGGAGAAGAAGCGUCGUGAGCAGGAGGACCAGAUGUACCGUGAGCGCCUGCGGACUCUCUUCAUCAUAGCCCUCAUCAUGAGCCUGCUGAACUCCAUCAACACCAGUGGUGGAAACAUCUCCUGGAACGAUUUCGUCCAUGAGAUGCUGGCCAAGGGGGAGGUGUCCCGCGUUCAGGUGGUCCCGGAGAGCGACAUAGUGGAGAUCUAUCUCCACCCCGGGGCUGUGAUCUUCGGAAGGCCCAGGCUGGCCCUGAUGUACCGCAUGCAGGUGGCCAACAUCGACAAGUUUGAGGAAAAACUGAGAGCAGCAGAGAAAGAGCUGAACAUCGAUAACAAGGACAGGAUCCCAGUGUCCUACAAACGCACCGGAUUCUUCGGAAACGCGCUCUAUGCCUUGGGCAUGGCGGCCAUUGCUGUUGCGAUCCUCUGGUACCUAUUCCGUCUUGCUGGCAUGGGCGGCAGAGAGGGAGGCUUCAGUGCCUUCAAUCAGCUGAAGAUGGCGAAGUUCACCAUUGUGGACGGUAAAUCCGGGAAAGGCGUGAGCUUCAAGGAUGUUGCUGGCAUGCAUGAAGCCAAGAUGGAGGUGAAGGAGUUUGUUGACUACCUAAAGAACCCAGACAGGUACAUCCAGCUGGGGGCCAAGGUCCCCAAGGGCUCCCUGCUGCUGGGGCCACCCGGCUGUGGGAAGACCCUGCUGGCCAAGGCUGUGGCCACCGAGGCCCAGGUGCCCUUCCUGGCCAUGGCGGGCUCCGAGUUUGUGGAGGUCAUCGGGGGCCUGGGAGCGGCUCGGGUGAGGAGCCUGUUUAAGGAGGCACGUGCACGUGCACCGUGCAUUGUAUACAUCGAUGAAAUUGAUGCGGUGGGGAAGAAACGCUCCACCAACAUGUCGGGGUUCUCCAACACGGAGGAAGAGCAGACGCUAAACCAGCUGCUGGUGGAGAUGGACGGGAUGGGAACGACUGACCACGUGAUCGUCCUGGCGUCCACCAACAGAGCAGACAUCCUGGACAACGCUCUGCUGAGGCCGGGCCGACUGGACAGACACAUCUUCAUAGACCUCCCCACUCUACAGGAGAGGAAGGAGAUAUACGAGCAGCACCUGAAGAUCUUGAAGUUGACCCAGCCAGCUGACGUCUACUCCCUGAGGCUGGCCGAGCUCACCCCGGGCUUCAGCGGCGCGGACAUCGCCAACAUUUGCAAUGAGGCUGCUCUCCACGCCGCCAGGGAGGGCUACAAGUCCAUCGAUACCUUUAACUUUGAGUACGCUGUGGAGCGGGUCAUAGCAGGGAGUGUUAAGAAGAGUAAAAUCCUGUCCAAGGAGGAGCAGAGGGUCGUAGCGUUCCAUGAGUCCGGCCACGCCUUGGUGGGCUGGCUGCUGGAGCACACAGAGGCUGUCAUGAAGGUGUCCAUAGCACCGCGAACCAAUGCUGCGCUGGGAUUCGCCCAGAUGCUACCGCGGGACCAGUACUUGUUCAGCAAGGAGCAGCUGUUUGAGAGGAUGUGUAUGGCUUUGGGGGGGAGGGCCUCUGAGGCCAUCACUUUCAACAAGGUCACCACAGGAGCCCAGGACGACCUGCGGAAGGUGACGCGCGUGGCCUACUCCAUGGUGAAGCAGUACGGGAUGUGUCCCAGCGUGGGCCAGGUGUCCUUCCCCGAGGGGGAGGAGCAGGGGGCGGUGGGACGGAGACCCUUCAGCCAGGGACUACAGCAGCAGAUGGAUCACGAAGCCAAGCUGUUGAUAGCACAGGCCUACAGACAAACUGAGAAACUGCUGCUGGACAACCGAGAUAAGCUGACACUGUUGGCAAACGCACUUUUGGACCGGGAGGUAGUGAACUACGAGGACAUCGAAGCCCUGCUGGGCGUGCCGCCCCAUGGGCCCAAGAAGAUGAUCGCCCCCCAGACCUGGAUGGAGGCCGAGAGGGACAAGCAGGACUCCGGGGAGGAGGAGCCCAGGCCUCCUACCCGAAGCAAGGAUACCCAGGAGCCCGACCCAGAGCUGCUUUGACACACCUGCCCCACAACUUGCUCUCUGGCUGCAAGGCUCUAUAUGCUAGGUUAAGCUAGGAUGUGCUAAAUUUAGAUGGGCUAAUGCUAGGCUGAGCUACAGCCAAGCUAGACUUAAGCUAAGCUAGCCAAAUAUACAGUGGGCUGAAACGGACUGUGUGUCCAUUUUCUUUCGUGGUUGAUUUGUUUGGUCUUUUCCAGUACAAAUCAGUUGGCAUUCUCAAAGGGUUCAAUUGUGUUUAUAUAAGAAUGAAAAGGUUUUGUUUUAUUGUUCCUAUAUGUGAGCUUGACAUUACCAAAGGCUGAAAAAAGUAGAUCAGAGCUUCAGAAAACAUAACACACAAAGCAAUGUUUUAAACCAAAUUUCUUGAUCUGCUAAUUAAUGGGGAAUACAGCCUACAGAAUUAAUUCAGCUAGCAGUGUAUGGCUGAAUUAAAAGCAUAGCGAGUUGAAGAAGACGAGUCCACACCUCCAGUGUAGACUUCUUCAGACUUCAAAACUGCUUCUGAUGACUGAUGUGUACAUUUGUGUAAAAAUGCUUAAAAUAUUUAAAAAGUAUUUGAAAUAAAAUAACAUUUGGACCGUAA